AUGUUAUCCCUUUCUCAAUCAUCUACAACUUCUAUUCAAACAAAACUUCGUUCCGUUCAAAUUCAAACGUCGAUUUGUGUUGAAUCAAUGUGUAGUCAACAUUCAGAAGUUGUUUGUCGUCAUUGUAAUCAACAUUAUUGUUACUUAUGUUUUAUGUCACAUCGUAGACAUAUCUUAAAUGAAAUGUCAUUGAUUCAUUCACAAAUGGUCACAAAUCGAAGUAAAGGUGUCGAAGAAGUCGUCAAGUUUAUUAAUAAACAAGCACAAGAUGCACAAGACCAAGCUAAACAACUUGUUGAUGAUGCCAUAAAUAGAAUAAUGACUGCAUCAAAAAAUAUUUAUCAAUACAUCGAUAAUCGUCGUCAAGCAAAACUAGGUCGAUUAAAUGAAUGUUUGGAAAAAUUUGAUAAAGAUAAAAAAUUAUUACAAGAGAAGUUGGUUCGAGAAAUUUUUCUGUCAGCUGAUAUUUUAAUGGAUUUCCGUAAAAAAUAUGCGUACAAUAUGUUUGAUCAUGUUGUUUUCGAACGUAUGGGUAAAAUUAAUGAAAAACCAAAAGCAACAAAUGAACAAGAGCAGAAUGAAGAAUUUUUUUCAAAUUAUCGUUUUUAUGAUGAAUUAAUUAAUCUCAGACAAAAAUGGACAUUUUUUCAAGCUGCAUUGACAACGGUUUAUUUUCCAUCAAAAAAAGAUAUUUCGUUGGAUAAAAUUCUCACAUUUUUGGAAUAUAGACAUGAUCGAGUUUUAGAAAACUAUCGUGAGCAUUUGAGCUCAAAAGAAGAAACAAAAGUCUUAUCAUUGAAAACAAGUGAUGAACUAUUGAAUGAAUUGAGUUUUUUCAAAUUUUAUAAUUUUUAUUAUACUGCUGAUGAAUGUGUCAUUAUACCUGAUAGCAAAGAUCAAGAAGAUUUUUCACAAUCAACAACAACAUCAUUGACAACAAAUCAAGAAUCAAAUACAGCCGUUGUUAAUGAUAGCAAAAAAGAAGAAAUAACAGCAACAACGAUUGAAAUCAUCGAAAAACCACCUGCACUAUUAGAGAUUGAAGAUAAAAAACAUGGUAUUGUUAUUUCGACAACAACUAUAGAGGAUAAUAAUAAUAAUGAUGAUGAUGAUGAUGAUGAUGAUGAUGAUGGAAGUAGUCAAGAUGGUGAAAGUAGCUGGCAAGCGGUUAACUAUCAUGAUUAUGAAGAUGAUCAGCAAGAACACGACACUAUAAAUGCGAAAAAAUUAACCGAGUGUGAUCAAAAUUUUCAAAAACUAGUAGAUACACUAAGAAAAGUGGAAAACCAAUUUGAUAUUAAAGCAGUUAUGUAA